ACCCUUUCUGCCUGCCCGAACACAUAAACGCCCCCCUUCUCCCCGCUUCCUCCGCGGAUGCUGCAGUCAAGUUGGCCGCGCAUGCGCACUCUCGGUCCUCUUUUUGCUCGGAAGCGCCCCAGACCCAUCGCACCAUGGCAGAUCCCGAUCUUGACUUCACGACUGGUGAGUCUGGCGCCUCCGCCACCUACCCCAUGCAGUGCUCCGCCCUGCGUAAGAACGGGUACGUGGUGCUGAAGGGACGCCCCUGCAAAAUCGUGGAGAUGUCCACCUCCAAGACCGGCAAGCACGGACAUGCCAAGGUUAACCUGGUUGGUAUCGAUAUCUUCACCAACAAGAAGUAUGAAGAUAUGUGCCCCUCCACCCACAACAUGGAUGUUCCCGCCAUCAAGAGGACAGACUAUCAGCUCGUUAACAUCGCUGAAAGCUACAUGUCCUUGAUGAGCGACAACGGUGACAUCAGAGAGGACCUGCGCGUCCCUGAGAGCGACAUCGGCAAGGAAAUUGAAUCGAAGUUCGAGGGGGGUGAAGAAUUCAUGGUCACCGUGAUUUCUGCCAUGGGGGAGGAAUGUGCUGUCGCUACCAAGGUCUUGGCCAGCAAAUAGGGAGAUGGACUUUGCUGCCCAGGCAACAAGCACCACCCACAACCAGUCUCCUGCAUCCUCAUUGGUUCUGUCACCAAAGCGUCGGCCUUCACAGACAACCUCAAAUCAUUCUGUUGUAAUUUCUCUCAUCAAUGAUCUUUUUGCCCCCCUCUCCUUCGCCUCCUCCCCCCACCCUGGUUUCUCUUUUCCGUUGCUGUUGGGAAUGUUCCACUGCAGCUCGCUGCGUGGUCCUCUGCCUGAUGACUGAGUUUUUGUUUGGUAACAAUCUACUUUAUAUAAAAACAACUUAAAAAAAUCCCAAUCAGUUGCUCAUUCCUGCUUAUUUUUGCCUUCAUAGUGUUGGUUUCGCCACUCACAUUCCUGAAUGUUUAAAAGAAACUUUGGGGUUCAGCUUUUGUAUGAUUAUUUUUUUAUAUUCUUUAGAUUAAAUAAAGCGGAUCUGGAGGGGAGGGCUGCUUCCAUCUCCAGGGUGGUUAGCGCUUAACAAGCCCACCCAGCAUGUAAAGAAAAGUUUUCCCACCCCAGUCAGGAACUUCAGCAACUUCCCCCUCGGUGUCUGUUUGUCGUCUGUAGGAGUCUGAGGGCCGCGGCAGUGCGGAGCGCUCGUACUUCUGCUCCAAAUUCUCGAUCCGAUGUAACAUCCCCCCUCCCUCCCCCAUUACAAAAAGUGUUAUUCUUUGAUUUCAGAGGCGUGAGUGUGGCGCGGUGUGGGCCUCCACAUGGAGGCGGUUUGCAGUGAGAAGUGUUUCCUUUUGUUUUCUUUUUGAGGGACUUUAUUCGGGUUUGGGAGGGUGGUUCAGUUGCAAACUUUCUGUUCACUCGAGGCCUUUUGUCACCUGACUGAAGAAGGCAAAAUAAAACAAUGAUACAAAUGGACAAAAACUGCAAAACGCUGUCUGCUUUCUGUCUCCUGGCGGGUUUUGUUUUGUGGGCAGAAAAUAAAUGCAUUGCAGUGUCGGAUCAGUUCUGUUUGUGCGAUUUAUAACUUGUGCUUUAAUGCUGCAGACUGUUUCUACAGCGGGAACCUUAGGAAAGUGUUAGCAUCAGUAUCCUAGCCUCUAUAAAACUGCUCAUGAUGCUGCAGGAAUGUGCAAAUGACUCCAUACAAUAAAUGAGAAAAUCAAUUAAACUUUUCGUAAUUCUGUUCAAAAUGUCAAA